AUGUCUACCACGACGACUGCGACGAUCACACCCAUCAACUCUCUCAUAUUGGAAGAGAGCAAUCUUCGCUCCCCAGAAAAUGGGCGGCCAGCCCCUCAAAAAUCGCAGUUGCAAAAGAUCGUGGUGCUCAGCCAGCUUUUCGCGGUGACUCUAACGGCCAGCGUGAUCAAUGGGCUUGUGAUUGUCGGUCUGCCAACUAUCACCAAGGAUCUCCAGCUUCCCCCUUCUCUAUCCUUCUGGCCUUCCUCGGUGAGUAGCCUCGCGACCGCCUCGACGCUUCUCUUGGCGGGGUCCCUGGCGGACACUGUUGGUCCGCGAUGGGUCGAACUCGUCGGCUCCUUUGCCAGCGGCGCAUUGAUGAUCGGUCAAGGCGUGGCUCGGACAGGGCAGGAAUUGGUGGUUUUGAGAGCACUCCAGGGUGUCGGUCUCGCGAUGCACUUGGCCUCUUCGAUCUCCAUCGUGACGCAGCUUCUACCUCCAGGAAGAGGUCGCAAUGUCGCUUUCUCGUGCUUGGGGCUCAGCCAGCCCCUUGGAUUUUCGCUGGGCCUGGUCGUCGGGGGUAUCCUUGUCGAUACCAUCGGCUGGAGAUCGGGGUGGUAUCUUUCUGGCGGUAUCACGCUCUUCUUCGCGGCUGUCGGUCUCUGGGCUUUGCCUCGGGGCAAGAGCACGCACUACUCAGAUCUCCUUCACAACAUCAGGACUAAGAUCGACUGGGUUGGGGCUGGGCUGGCUUCCGCAUUCAUGGCAUUGCUCUGUUAUCUCCUAGCUAUCCUGAGCGCCAAUCCCUCACGGAUAAAAUCUGCCGAUAGCAUCAUCAUUCUGUGCCUGGCUGCCCUUGCCCUUCCUUCAUUUGUCGGCUGGGUCCAUUAUCAGGCCAAGAGGAACAAGCCAGCUCUCAUUCCCAAUUCACUGUGGAAGAACACAGCCUUUUCGAGCAUCUGCGCUAUCCUCGCCAUCUCAACAGCAGUCGUGAAUUCAAUGGAGCUCUUCGCCAGCUUAUUUUUCCAAGAGGUCCAAGGCCUCUCGGCGCUAGACGCCUCCGUCCGCAUCCUCCCCAGCCUCAUAGUCGGCGUCCUCCUGAACCUCGUCAUCGGAGUCUUCGUACACAAAGUUCCCGCAUUCUGGAUUGCAACGGCGACUUCCCUCCUCUGCGCCGGAUCCCCCUUACUCAUGGCCGUCGUCCAGCCCUCCUGGCCAUACUGGGGCAACGCCUUCAUCGCGCAGCUCCUGCAGCCCAUCAGCUUCGACGCGCUCUACACCGUCGGCCUCAUCAUCAUCACGAACAGUUUCCCGGACGACACACAGGCCCUGGCGGGUGCCGUCUUCAACACGGCAGCGCAGUUCGGGAGCGCCCUGGGACUGGCGAUCCUGCAGGUCAUCUCGACGGUUGUGACGGAGGAGUCUGGCGGUGACGAGCCCGGUGCGCUGAUGGCUGGAUACCGGGCCAGUUUCUGGACCAUGUUUGGGUUCAUGAUUCUUUGCACUGUUCUUGGGUACUUUGGGCUGCGGAAGGCGGGUAAGGUUGGCUUGAAACGGGAUUGA